AAAGGGCACCUGGUUUACGUGGGUACUUGGUACCACGCUUGAAUUCAUUCUUCAACCGCCAAAACAGAAUUCGCAGUGCACACACUACACGCACCUCUUUUCCAUUCUCUUCCUCUCCCAGCCAAAUCUGCAAUAUUCUCUCUCACGCUAGGGUUCUCGGCAGAUUUCCUCUUCCAUCGUCAUUUUCUCGCGAGCCAAACAGCAACUGAGAAAGGUUUCUCUCUUUAUGGACCAUGUUUUCUGACGUGAUUUCGCCUUCUGCAAGAUGCCAAAGAGCCUGCGUGAUCUUUUGAACGAAGAACAAGAGACUAUGGAUAUUAUGGAAUCUCCGUCUCCAGCGAUUGACGACGGAGGCAAGGAAAUGAUGCCAGAAGUUUUGGAUAAGGAGCUGCCUAUUCGUUCGGAAAACGGAUCACAUCCCAGAGAUUUGUCCAGUGGAGAUGAAGAACUCGUCAUCUAUGAAGUAAGUGUUGCUGCCUCCGCAGGUGAUUGUAAGCUCGUUGCGGCAGAUGAGCAAAGUAUUGACCCGAGUGAAAAGCCUUCCGAGUUUAUUGUAUAUGAAAAUUCGGAGUUCGAUCAGGAAUUUCUGGAACUUCAAGGACACGCGCGUCCACUAUGCUCGGACAAAUACUGCGAACUCUUGGCUCCCUCUUUUCCGGGUGAAAAUGUAGAAAAAUCAGAGAUGAUUUCUCCUUCUUUAGAUGAGAUUUGGAACAAUGUGCACCGGUCAAAAACAGAGGAACCGAAGCAGGGUGAGAUUUCUCCAGCCGCCGCGACAGCGAAGGAGAAGAAGGCAGCUAGUGUGCCAGUUUCUGAGCGUAAUAAGAAUACAGUGGAAAUAGGAAAGCCUAGCUCGACCUUGAAGACCCAUGCAAGCGUUGGAAUCAGUACGGAAUAUCUAAACAAUGAUGGCUCUAAUAUCGUAACCAAUGUAUCACCUGCGAUCAGAGGAAUCACUGGUCCAAGUUCGGAGAUGAUGGAAGAAGCUUGGGAUCGACUGAGAAAGUCUUUCGUCUACUUCAAAGGUAAACCUGUUGGAACACUCGCAGCCAUGGAUCCAAGCGCUGAAGCUCUGAAUUACAAUCAGGUUUUUGUGAGAGAUUUUUUCCCAAGUGGUUUAGCAUGCCUAAUGAGGGAUCCUCCAGAAACAGAAAUUGUCAAGAACUUUCUGUUGAAGACUCUCCACCUUCAAGGAUGGGAGAAAAGGAUAGAUAAAUUCACUCUUGGCGAAGGAGUCAUGCCUGCCAGCUUUAAGGUGCUUUAUGACUCGCACCGCCAGAAAGAAACAUUAGUCGCUGAUUUCGGUGGAAGCGCUAUAGGAAGGGUGGCACCGGUUGAUUCAGGAUUCUGGUGGAUUAUACUACUGAGAACAUACACCAAAGUCACACAUGAUCAUACCCUGGAGGAGCUCCCUGAGGUUCAAAGAGGAAUAAAGCUCAUACUUGACCUUUGCCUCUCUGACGGCUUUGACACCUUUCCCACUCUAUUAUGCGCUGAUGGCUGUAGUAUGAUCGACAGGAGGAUGGGAAUAUACGGAUACCCGAUUGAGAUUCAGGCACUAUUCUACUUCUCACUGAGGUGUGCAAGGCAAAUGAUAAACCCAGAGAGGGAUGCGAAAGAGCUGAUAGAACGUAUCGACAAGAGGAUUUCAGCUCUGAGCUAUCACAUCCAAGAAUACUACUGGCUAGACUUUGCGCAGCUCAACCAUAUAUAUCGCUACAAAACAGAGGAGUACUCGCACACGGCAGUGAACAAGUUCAAUGUGAUCCCAGAGUCGAUUCCAGAUUGGUUGUUCGAGUUCAUGCCAUCGAAGGGAGGGUACCUGAUAGGAAACGUAAGCCCAGCUCGGAUGGACUUCAGGUGGUUCCUGGUGGGAAACUGCAUUGCCAUAUUGAGCUCACUGGUCACGCAUACACAAGCCACUGCAAUUAUGGAUCUAAUAGAAGAGAGGUGGGAGGUUCUGAUAGGAGAGAUGCCACUGAAGAUCACGUACCCUGCAUUGGAGGGUCACGAAUGGAGAACAGUUACUGGAUUUGAUCCAAAGAACACCCGGUGGAGCUACCAUAACGGCGGAUCUUGGCCAGUUCUGGUGUGGAUGCUGACAGCGGCGUGUAUAAAGACGGGGAGGCCACAGAUGGCGAAAAGAGCGAUAGAGGAGGUGGAGAAGAGGCUGGGGAAGGAUGGAUGGCCAGAGUAUUACGAUGGGAAGGAAGGGAGAUACGUUGGGAAACAAGCGAGGAAGUACCAGACGUGGAGCAUAGCCGGAUACCUUGUGGCCAAGAUGAUGAUAGAGAACCCCGCCAAUCUCCUUGGCAUCUCCCUCGAGGAGGACAAGACUACUUCCCGUCCCAAACACUCCCGUUCCCUCUCCUUCUGAUCAUGACGUACGGUACAUUUCUCUACUAUGAUGACUCUCUCUCUCUCUCUCUGUUUCUCUACCAUUCAGUCUUUUCCAAGCUUGGAUUCUUUUUUCUUGGAUCAUCAAUGUUACUAAGAGCUACUUGCUGAUGAUAA